AUGACAAACGACAGCGCACAAGCCGCUUUUUUUGCGAAGGAAUUACAAGACCCUGAGAACAAUAGGUGUUUUGAUUGCGGCAAAAUCAACCCGACGUGGUGUUCAGUAAAUAAUGGAGUAUAUCUCUGUUUGGCAUGUGCGGGGUCCCACCGUGGGUAUGGGGUUCACAUUUCUUUUGUGCGUUCAUUGACACUCGACGUCUUCAAACCAAAUCAGUUUGCGAUGAUGCGUUUGGGAGGGAAUGCGCGGGCUAAGGCUUACUUUGAGGAGCAUCCAUUUGACCCGCCCACAUAUUGUGUGAAGUGGGACUGUGAGAGUGCAGACAAGUACAGACGACUUCUUAAAAGAAAGACGUGUGACGAGACGGGAGAGACUUAUUAUGAGAACCCUCCUUGGCAACCAACGAGAAGAAUGGAAAUUAAUUCAAAUAGACCGGUAAUGGGUGCCGGUAAUAUUAUCCCACAACAGACACACACUCAAAUCAGGAAGAAAAAGUGUUGUUGUGGUCUUUGUGUCGUUGUCUAA